AUGGCGCCCAAGUUCGACCCCAGCGAAGUGAAAUACAUCUACAUCCGCCAGGUUGGUGGUGAAGUCGGAGCUUCCUCCGUCCUCGCCCCCAAGCUCGGUCCCCUUGGUAUGUCGCCGAAGAAGGUCGGUGAUGAUAUCGCCAAGGCUACGCUCGCCUGGAAGGGGCUGAAGGUCAGUGUCAAGCUGGCAGUCCAGAACAGACAGGCCACCGUCGAGGUUAUGCCCUCUGCUUCUUCCCUCGUCAUCAAGGAGCUCAAGGAGCCCCCGAGAGACCGCAAGAAGGUGAAGAACAUCAAGCACAGCGGCAACCUGUCUUUGGAGCAAGUCUUCUCGAUCGCCCGCACGAUGCGGUCCAAGAGCCAGGCCCACGAGUUCUCCGGCACCGUCAAGGAGGUUCUCGGCACUUGCAACUCUGUUGGCUGCACGGUCGACGGCAAGAGCCCGAAGCAACUCCAGCGCAUGAUCGAUGACGGCGAGGUUGAGUGCCCAGACGCGUAA